GAAGCGUUUCUACUGCCAAGAUCGUUCGCAUCCGAAGCAAGCCGUUGCUAGGCGAUUAUUGUUUGCAAACAUUCCAAGAUGCAGCACCACACAAACAUUCCAGCGCAAAGAUUUCCUACAAAAUGAGUAAUUUCCGCGAAAAACUGUUGGCUAAUCUGGAUAAAAUCAAACAAAACGAGCUGCAUCAACAGUAUCCUGCGAAGACGAACGAUGAAAUUGAGGAUACACUUUUUCAAAAGUAUCGUACCGAGCUGACAGCUAGCAGUGGCGCCGGUCAAACGCCAGAUCAAGUGAAGGUGGAAACUGAAUGCGAUCGAAAUUCUACUGUCGACUCGUACCGUUACAUUCCCCGGUUUCACUUCGAACUGCCGAAGAGUGCCGAUUCGUUAGCGCAAAAGUUGCGCGAAGAAGCACGGACACUGUUUCUGCAGAAGCGCAGCAAGGAGCUGCUCGAUAAUGGGGAGUUUAAGCUGCUGUGGAGUUUGCUGGAGAAGCACCACUCGCCACCGCUGGUGGGCGAAGAACAGUACAUCAACUACGAGAACUACUGCAAGGUGGGGCUGAUUGCGGGGGAAAAAUUUCGCCGGUAUCUUACGGCGACGACAUUUGCCCGGCUGCUGGGGUCGAGCAGCAAUCCCGGCAAGAUCAGUGUCAUCUCGCUGUUCAACUACACCAUGCGCAAGGUUUGGCUGCAGCAGACGCGCAUCGGGCUCUCGCUGUACGAUUACACCGGGCAGGGAUUUUUGAGCGAGUCCGACAUGGAAUCUUACAUACUGGAACUGAUUCCCACCUUCCCGCAGCUGGAAGGGUUAGAAAAAUCGUUCCACAGCUUCUACGUCUGCACGACGGUGCGCAAGUUUUUCUUCUUUCUUGACCCAUUGCGCACGGGCCGGAUCCGGAUACGGGACGUGCUGACGUGCAGCUUUCUGGACGAUCUGCUCGAGCUGCGCGACGAAGAGAUCCCGAAAGAUGCCCAGGAGCUGAACUGGUUUUCCGCUCCGUCCGCCCUGUCCGUGUACGGUCACUACCUUAACCUCGACAAGGAUCACAACGGGAUGCUAAGCAAGAAGGAACUGAUCGGGUACGGUUCGGGCACGCUGACGCCCAUCUUUCUCGAGCGCGUGUUUGCCGAAUGUUUAACGUACGACGGCGAGAUGGACUACAAGACGUAUCUGGACUUUGUGCUAGCGCUGGAAAAUCGGGCCGAGCCGCAAAGUUUACACUAUCUGUUUCGCAUCCUGGACGUCGAGCAUAAGGGCUAUCUGACCGCGUUUACGUUGAACUAUUUUUUCAAGGGCAUCCAGGAGGAGCUGUCCGCUCACCGGGCCGAACCGAUCAACUUUGACGAUGUGAAGGAUGAAAUUUUCGACAUGGUUAAGCCGGCCGAUCCGACGCGCAUCACGCUAAAGGAUCUGAUCAACUGCGGACACGGUGAGACGGUCGUAUCGAUACUGAUCGAGUUUCACAAGUUUUGGGCGUACGAAAAUCGAGAGGUAAUGGUAACAUCGACCACCAGCGAAGAUACACACAAUUUAUGAUAUAACGCCAACAGCAAUGGCGAGCAGGUGGAACGACCGAGCGACGAAGAUGAUGAAUGUCGAACGGUGUUUUAGCGUGCGAAAGACGGAAAGAGACAAAGGUUACGUUCGAACGGGCAGCAGAAAGAAACAUUCCCAGCAAUGAGUGACUUACAAUCGAAAAAUGUUCAGAUCAGUAUUUUUAUUUUAUCCAGACGGCUUUUCCGUCACACACCAAUCCAGUGCAUUAUGAAACCGACGAACAAACAAAUGACUGAAAAUAAAUGAUGCCUUCAUGCUCUUCUUA